GGCAGCUCCAUAGAUCCUGCGCCACUCGUGAAAGCGAUUGGAGACAGCAACACACACAGAACAGAAAAGAGUUCCUGCUUCCCUGAAUACGACUGUACAGUAGAUGGACCUGCUGACAACGUAAAACGAAUGAAGACAGGGAAAUAAGGGACGGAACUUGAAAACAUACCCAAGUGACUUUGAAGAACAGCACAGCGUUUAAGAUAACUUUUGACAGGAUAACUACAGUAACCGUCAAGGGUGGCUGGAAGUAGCAGGUUUUGCAGAGGUACCAGCCGACAUGCAGCACUAUGGAGUUAAUGGGUAUUCUCUUCACGCAAUGAACUCUCUGAGCGCCAUGUACAACCUUCACCAGCAGGCAGCGCAGCAGGCCCAGCAUGCGCCAGACUACCGACCGUCCGUGCACGCGCUCACCCUCGCCGAGAGACUGGCUGACAUCAUCCUCGAGGCUCGCUACGGCUCCCAGCACCGCAAGCAGCGCCGCAGCCGCACGGCCUUCACCGCGCAGCAGCUGGAGGCCCUGGAGAAGACCUUCCAGAAGACGCACUACCCUGACGUGGUGAUGCGCGAGAGACUGGCCAUGUGCACCAACCUCCCAGAGGCGCGCGUUCAGGUCUGGUUUAAGAAGGCGUGCCAAUUAAGACGCGGCCAAUCGAAGAAGCAGCGCAGCCUGCAGAAGGAGCAGCUGCAGAAACAGAAAGAAGUGGCGGAGGGGCCGCAGGAAGAGGGCAAAGGCGAGCCGCCCGCCACCGUCGUCUCGGAGGACCACACUCCUCCCCCUUCCUCCUCUUCCUCUUCGGAGGCGGAGCGGCCUCAGCAGCCGCUCCCGGCGGAGCUCAGCGUGGAAGUGAACGUCACGUCGGCCGAGCAGUCGGGCAGCGAGUCCGCCGCGGAGGACAACACCGACAAGGAGGAGGAGCCGAAGCAGCACGGGGAGGGGCCUAAGGGUGACGUCAGCCUGCUGCCUGGCAACAGUUCACCGCCCUGCAAGCAUCUCAGCCCAAAAUCAGAUUCUCCGCUCAGCUCCCCACCUCUCCCGUCCUCCAGCGGCGGCGGCGUCGGCGGGGGGAUGGCGCAGAGCAACUCGUACGCCUCCUCCCCGCUCAGCCUCUUCCGUCUGCAGGAGCAGUUCCGCCAGCACAUGGCCGCCACCAACAACCUGGUGCACUACUCCUCCUUCGACAUGAGCGCGCCCUCCUCCAUGCCCUACCUGGGCAUGAACGUCAACAUGGCAGCGCCGCUGGGCUCGCUGCACUGCCAGCCCUACUACCAGUCCCUGUCCCAAGCCCAGCAGGUCUGGAGCAGCCCCCUCCUGCAGACCCCCGGCAGCCUCCCCAGCCUCAACAGCAAGACCACCAGCAUAGAGAACCUGCGGCUCCGGGCCAAGCAGCACGCUGCGUCCCUGGGCCUGGACACUCUGCCCAACUGACCCCGGGGCUUCCGCCCGGCCGAGAGCCGUCCCCCGUGCCCCGCGCCGUCCCCCGUGCCCCGCGCAACCGGACCUCAGCAUCACCCACCCCCGACCCCGCAACUUGAUCCAGGAAACUGGUUCCCAAGCUUACAACCGCCUCCAGCUGGCGUCAUCUCACCUACUAGCAUUGGGACUAUAAACUUCACCAGCUUUUCCCCAACGAGAGCCCGGCUCUAUAUCUCACCAGAACAUACUACCGAAUAUGCAAGAGACAGUAUUAACCAUUUCUGGAAAAAGAGAAUGCACUUCACUUCAAAAAGGGAAUAAUCUGUUAGCAAAGGCUGCAUCAUCCCCGAUAAAUCUCGAUUUUCUCCGAACAUCAGCUACAGCAGAAGACCUCUGGCCAAGCGGCAUGGACUUCCUUGGCCGCCUGGUCCCGAUCUGAACUCACUGCACUGUUGGACAGUCUGCCUGCGCUCUCCACCAAGGAUCCAUUCAGCUUUGUAUAUAGCUGCUCAUACGUGUUCACAUCUCCCUGGUUUGUGUGUCUAAGUCAGUGUCGCCUUCUGUGAAGAAGACUGUGAAGAGAAUAUUAAAAACUUUUUUUAUUUCCCCGUUGUGGUGGUAAAUAAAGGGGACAAAAAUGGAGUGAACUCAGACUCUUCAGCAAUGUAAAUGAACAUAGAGACUGUCUGUUCAAACCGGAGGUGGGACUAUUUACAACACAAUGACCGUGAGAUCAAAAUUGCUAUGCCGAUGUUGCGUAUUUUGCCAUUGUCUGUCCCGUUCACGUAUCCCUUGAUUGUUUAAUUAAAUGUGACUAAUUUAUAUGUCUUAUGCACAGGAUUAAACCACACGUACGGAGAAUAUCCUGCCGAUGACAAAAUGAUUUAAAUAACUGAACGUGCACGAUUUUAAUUACUUUCUGCCUGUGGCAACAGCAACUUUAUGGUAUGCCAUUGUAAGCUCUGUGUAACAUGAGAUCCACUUAAAUUCCAAUGUCCUGAGCGAAGUGUUCAUAAGGCAAGCAGGACAAGUGGCCUCAGUUUCCAUUUGUCUCCACUGUUACAGCUGAAUAUACAAAUGUAAUCAUCUGCCAGAUAAAUCAGUGUGAGCUGCACUGAAAUCAAUUACAUUCAAACUGAGCUUUUACCAUCAUUGGCCAAACGCUGUUUAUGAUAUUGAUUUAUUUCACUGUUUCACUCUUCUGCAUAUCUAUAUUUUGGGAAUAACAAACCUGUGAGCCAACUUCUUAAUCCUAUGAAAACCCAGCCCUGAAAUUAGACCCGAACCAAUUAAUUUAAAAAAACGGCAUACAAAAGAGCUAGACAUAUGUAACUAACAAAGACCCUACCAUUGUUUUCCAACAGUCUCAUUUUCAUGUAAUCUAAUUUAUUGUGGCCCGGUGAACAUUAAACAAUAGGUAAAAUAAAUGUGGCACUUCCUGUGGGGACAUUGGAGUUCCCUGUUAGAGCACUUCUAAGAACAUCUCCAGUCAGUCUCCUGCAUGUCUCUCCUUGUUGAAGACUCUGAAUUCUUCCACUGAUAUUAUGAAAAUUAUUUUAUUUGUAAAUGAUGAAAAUAUCUGUAAAUGUUAUUUGAAAGGGGAUAUGUACAUUUCUCAUUUGUUGUAGACUGAGAAGGUAUGAUUUGGGAGGGAGAGCCUACAGUCCAACUCUUCCUCGUUUACGAUUGUAUGAAAUUGGCAACAGGCCGCACCUUAGAAGGAGGCGGUGAAUGCUAUAAAUUAUAGUCUGGGUGUCUAUGUAAGUCUUCCUAUCGAUUUCCAUUGUCGCUGUGAUCAUGGAACAGAAUAAUUACAGUUCAUUCGCGGGCUGUCAAGGCCAAACGGCGAAGUUGAAAUGGGUGAAAAGUGAUCCUGAUAAAUAAAAAGAUUCCCUAAGUUAAUAAAGUAGGUCUUAAAGUGAUAUGUUGUAAAAUCCUCAAUAAAGUAUUGUUUGGAGAUAUUUAUACAUACGUCAUUCCUCCGUGUGUAUUUGUUCUUGUGAAAGGACCGACCAGUUAGCAGGUAUUUGCACUGGACACCCCACACUAGUGUCUGUCGUUAAGUGCAUCUUCUGUGUUACUUUUUGAGGUUGGAAGGUAAGAAAAUGCUAUAACACGGGUGUCUCCUGGAAUAGAACACAAGUUUACAGAUAAAGUACUUUCCCGCAAGGCUUUUCAAAGGAAUGCAAAGAACUGAUCAAUUUUAA